GGGCGGGUGGCAGUGGGCGCCGGGCGGCGGGAGCGGCGGCGGCGCCGGCAUGGGCCGACGGGGCGCUGCCCCCGCGGGAAAUGCCAGACAGUUUGUUUGUGGUUGAUGAAGACUCAGAAAAGGAUAAGCUGCAGAUUUGUUCCCCUGGAAGCGCUGGAGAGAAGACCUUCUCUGGGAGAGCAGGGAUGAUUAGACUUUUUGGAGACAUGGAAGCAUGGGUUUUCUUGUCUGAACAAAGCCCUGGACCUACCUUACCAGUGUGAGAGGGAGAUCACACAAGCAUACUGUGGAUUCUUUGUCUGUACAUGCUACUUGAUUGUGAUCUGGUUUUUACUCAUCUACCCAAAAAGAAAAGAAGAGUCAAGUGAAAAGCGUUGUCUUGUCACUUCUGCCUGAGAGCUGGCUGAAUUUUAUGACUCCUGCUGGGGAAACUACCUGAGCUGUUAAUAAGGGAACAGCUGGUGCUCUAUCUCUGGUCGGCAAAGCUCUCUGCGUGGAGUACAGUGAUCAAGUUGCCUUAAGUCAAACCAUAUGCUAGCUGCACCAAUUGCUGUAACUGUAUUGCUAAUACCACUCCAGACUUCACUAGAGAUUUCCAAGACAGUAGUUUUCAAGUAGUGUGAUAUAUAUAUAUAUAUAUAUAUAUAUAUGUUUUUUUUUUUUUGACAUUUGAAUGUUUCUAUUAAAUUCGGCGUGGCUGUGAAAAGUGGCAGGUGAUUUUUUUCCUGCUAAGUUCAUGGUGAAUUUUGAAGCCUUACUACCAAGUAGGAUCCAUGCUAUGGCAGCAGCCUACAGGCUCAUGGUCACUACUGUGAACUGCUACAGCAGUGUGGUGAUAGACCGUCACUUUGAGCAUGCAGUGCAUUAUUGUACAGGGUCUUGCCAGGUAUUUAAGCAAGGAGUCACAUGUAUAGUUGCUCAUCAUAGCGUUUGUGCAGAGCUCAAUGUCCAAGAUGCCAACCUAGACCAUAAGCUUCCUGUUCCUGAAAAUGGGUUUGCCUUGUCUGGAAAUGAGGACUAUCACCAAAUCCUCCCAAGUAAUCCGAGGCUCAAAAAGGGCUCUUCAACACAAGCCGCUGGCAGUUUAAAAGACAUUACUGGGGAGGCGAUAAACCUUGCCAGCGGUAAAAUAAAGGAAUUCUCCUUUGACAAGCUCAAAAACUCUUCCAGUCACGUGGCCUACAGAAAGGGAAGGAAAGUUCGAUCAGAAUCAUUCAGCAGACGGUCUUUUGAUUUUGAUUUGAUUUAUGGGCACUUCAACAAUGAUGAGAAUUGCCCUCCCUGUGGCUUUUUGCAGAGUCCCUCACCUGGGGAGAAAUGGCAGGAGAGCAAUGAUUCUCCAGAAGUCAGUAUGAAUUCCAUGGCUCCUCAGUCCUUUUUUGAAGAAAACUUCAUUACCCAAAUUUUGGAAAAACAUAAGCUGGAUGGUUCUUCUAGUGGAGAUAUUAAGGUGUGUUUAGAUAUCCUGCUCAAGUGCUCGGAGGAUCUGAAAAAGUGCACAGAUAUCAUAAAGCAUUGCAUCAAAAAGAAGUCUGCAGACAGCAUUAGUGGGGGAAACAAUAGUGAUCUGGCUAAUUCAGAAAUGAUAUAUAUGAAUCUGAUGACAAGGUUUUCUUCAUACCUAAAAAAGCUACCGUUUGAGCUCAAGUCACCUGGGCUCAAGGAGGCUAGUGACUUGGCAGAUUUAGUUAACUGUUUUCAUGGAUUGCAGCAGACUCCCUUUUCCACAGUAUUUGGAGAUGAGCAACCACCUAGGUAUGAAGACAUUAUCCAGCUGCCAUCUUCAGGAGCAGUUCCUCUUGGACUACCAGAUGAUCAGUGCGAGGUGACAAGCACCUCUCAGUCCAUCCAAACAAGUACUGUGAACUUUACCUCAAACUCCCUGCACAGUGUCACACAGGAGAGCAGCGUGAGAGCUGUGAAAGAUGUUUCUGCUCUACCUCAGUUACCCACCACAAGCCCUUCUGACUGCACAUCUUCCACAGAGGCUCUGUACAUUGAAGAAGAAUCAGAUGGGGAAAGAGCAUUAGAGAAGGUAAAGAAGGCGGAGGAGAAAGGCAACUGGGGGAGUUUAGAGUGCAGCUAUCAGUCAACUGGGUGUUCAGAUCUAACUGCAAACGUUAAAGCAGAAUGUGCUGGAGUGGGAGCUGCUGAACUAGCCCAGGCUUCUGAGAAAGUGACUUUUUUAAAACCAGUUUCAGAUUCUGCUCUGGGAGAUUCCCAAGCUCAUGUCUCUAAAGGAGAACAGAUGUGCAGUAAGACGGACAAAGAUGAGAUAGACAAACUGCUGCUGGACUUGGAGUGCUUCUCACAGAAAAUGGAGAGUACUUUGAGGGAACCCUCUCUAAAGGAGAGUGAACCUGCCUGUUUGCAGGUGUUUGGCUGGCAAGGUAGGCAGGUACUACCUCUGGCUCUUGAACCCAAAAGUAAAGCCAUAGAUCCCACUACCCCUUUGUCAAAAAUCAUGGAAACCAAUGGUCAUAAAAUGGAAGAAGACGAUAAAGCCCUCUUACUGCGUAUCCUGGAAAGCAUUGAGGACUUUGCCCAGGAGCUGGUGGAAUUCCAGACAGGCAAAGGAAGUUUGUCCAAGGAGAAGGAAGUGAUGCGGAUUCUUCAGGAAACUUUAACAACUCCUUCACAGUCCCUCCUCACAGGGCAGAAAAGCUGCAGUGGGGCUACCUCCAGAGACCCUGUUCCAGCUUCAAUUCAGCAGGCUCCAGAAGUGAUUAAGGUUCAAAAUAAACCAGAGAAGAAACCUGGAACUUCAUCCUCGGUCCCUUUGAACUCGGUUGUUAGCCCGUGUACUUCUCUGCCUGUGAAUAAAGCCACCAGCAGCACUUCUUUGUCCAUAAACAUUCCACGUUUCUACUUCCCUAAAGGACUUCCGAAUGUCUGCACUAAUCAUGAUGAGGUCAUUGCCAGGAUUGAAGAAGUCUUUACAGAGUUUGAAGAUGAGAAAGCAAACAUCUGUGAAAUGGGGAAAAUUGCUAAGAUCUGUGGCUGCCCACUCUACUGGAAAGCACCUAUGUUCAGCGCAUCAGGAGGAGAAAGGACAGGAUGUGUAUCUGUACACUCAUUUGUAACCAUGUGGAGAAAAGUCCUGCGUAAUUGUCACGAUGACGCAUCCAGAUUCACGUACCUUCUAGCAAAGCCUAGCUGUGACUAUCUGGAGCAGGAGGACUUCAUCCCGCUGCUUCAGGAUGUAGUGGAAACACAUCCUGGCCUGACGUUCCUGAAGGAUGCUCCAGAAUUCCAUUCCCGGUAUAUCACGACGGUUAUACAAAGAAUAUUCUACACAGUCAAUCGAUCCUGGUCGGGGAAGAUAACUCUCACAGAGCUGAGGAAAAGCAACUUCUUGCAAACUCUUGCUCUCUUGGAAGAAGAGGAUGACAUAAAUCAGAUCACAGAUUAUUUCUCCUAUGAGCACUUCUAUGUCAUAUACUGUAAAUUCUGGGAGCUGGACACUGACCAUGAUCUUUACAUCAGCCAGAAGGAUCUGGCUAGAUACAGUGAUCAAGCUUUAUCAAACAGGAUUAUCGAGCGAAUAUUCAGCGGCGCUGUGGUAAGAGGAAAUGAGGUCCAGAAGGAAGGCCGGAUGAGCUAUGCUGAUUUUGUGUGGCUGCUGAUUUCAGAGGAAGACAAAAGGAGUGCUACAAGUAUUGAAUACUGGUUUCGGUGCAUGGACCUGGACGGGGAUGGGGUGCUUUCCAUGUAUGAACUGGAAUACUUUUAUGAGGAGCAGUGUGAGCGGAUGGAAGUGAUGGGCAUAGAACCACUACCAUUUCACGACUUGCUGUGUCAGAUGCUUGACCUUGUUAAGCCAGAGAGGGAUGGAAGAGUAACCCUGCGAGACCUGAAGAGGUGCAGAAUGGCUCAUGUAUUCUACAACACCUUCUUCAAUUUAGAGAAAUACCUGGACAACGAGCAGAGGGAUCCCUUUGCAGUGCAAAAGGACGUUGAAAACGAUGGCCCCGAGCCCUCUGACUGGGACAGGUAUGCUGCUGAAGAGUACGAGAUCCUUGUGGCUGAGGAGUCUGGGAACGAACAGUUACAAGAAGGAUCAUUUGAAGACGACUAUGAUGCAGAUGAAGUCUUAUCUCCCCCUGAAACUGGAGACAAGUCAGACAAACUAGUUAUUUCAGAUCUCUCAGCAUAGAGAAACGUAAUCAGUAUCUGUCAAACUGGAUAGCAAUCAGCUCUAAGACACUUAAGGGAUUUUUCUUAAAUCCCUCAUUGGAGCAAUAUGCUUUAUUUUGUACACUGUAAUUUGAGAAUCCUUUUUCUCUUCCUGUGUAACUGCAAUAAGGUAAUUUCUAUAAAAGGCUUUUUACAAUGUGUUAUUGUGCACGCUCAUUAAAAAUGGUGAUUGCACCUUGUUUCCUUUAUAUCUUUCCAUACAAAUUCUGUUACAUCCCCAUAUGUGCAAUAAAUGCCAGCAUCUAGUUAAUAACUGUAACAACUGUGCACAACAUCUGCGGUGCUGAUUUCUGUGCACUUCAGUGCCAUUGUGACCCUUUAGCUUUACACUAGUAGUGAAGUGAGAGCUGCCACAUUAACUUGAUUUAAAUGAAAGUUUAGAAGUCUUUUAAAAUGCAAGUCACAGAUAAGUUCUCAUUUUUAAUAGCUUCACUUUUUUCUUUUUGGAAGCCAAGGCAGCAUCCAUGUGCAUGGGGAAAGCGAGGCCCCUUUUUGUGCUUUAUACUACGAGACCUUCUCGUGCUGCUAAACGCAUUUUACAGCACUACAUGAUGUAGUGUUUCGCUGAGGAUUUAAGGUGCACAUAGUGUUUCUGUAUAUUCUCCUGUGCAAGAGGCAAGUCUCUAAGUCCUCUUGCAUGUUUACAAGGGAACGGACACGCCAUGCUCAGGAGAGACAGAACUGGUGCAUCUGCCCCUUCCUCGUGCUCUUCCUGGCUCCUCUAUCACUAAUCCGUAGCCUUCUGCAAGCCAAGACUAAGCUGAGAUCAUGAGGGGGAGGGAGAAACAAACCCUAACCUGGCAUAGGGAGGGUUUACCAGAGAUCCUUUAACUGGUAAAUGAAUUCAGCUGAUUACAGUGCUGAAAAUUUAUUGUCCACCCAUGAAAUUGGCCCUAAUCUCUGAGUGGAAACACUACAGCUCCCUAACAAAUUCUUGCUUUAAGUGCAAAAUUAACCUGGCUUUCCCCAUGGACUCGCAACCAGUGACUCCAGUAACAGCACAGCAGCUAUUGCUGGCAUUGUUCCUCCCGCACAGCUUCAGUUUGGGUUUCAACGCAGAGGUCAUUAUAACGUAUGACGGUCCUUGGUUUUACCCAUCACAGUAUGCAAGCAGCUGUGGUACUUACCUUCUCCAGCUUGGGACAGGUUUCAGCUGCCAAACUGUACUUUUUUCCCCCCAGCGUCUGUAACUGUGUCCAAAUACAUGCUACGUGGUGUUUACACACUGCUUCUGCUGCUUAAGGCGCUGCAGGAAUAACAAAGCACGACUCCUCGCAACAUGUCCGCGUGAACCCCUGCCAGAAGGCCGGAGAGCGCACGGCCCUGCCAGUGCUGGAGUCAGGUCUCCACGCAGGCACCCCCUCGAGCGAUCCUCAGCUGCUCCUUCUGCACGGUGCCGGUAUGCAAAGAGCCAAGUAAUCGGCCGAUCAACUCUUCAGCUUUCCUAGGAGUCUUGAAGCGUCCUGCCUGCCUCCCUCUGCCCGGGUAGGAUACACUGCUGCUGUGUUGAGGAAACUUUCUCAUCAGGAUCAAAAUCUGAAAGGGCACAGGGGAAUGUUCGGUUCUGCUGGGUUUGGAGACCUGUUCUGUUUUCCUCGAACGAAGCGUCUAUUGUCUCCAGAUGCCUACGCACAUCGCAGGAUCCCGGCUUUUCAGGUAGCUGGGAAACUUCUGGAUGCUCCGAGUUCUCAGCAAAGGCACUUUCGGUUACGUUGCUUUCCACAAUAAAAGAUACAAACAGGGAACGCUACCAAAACUGAGAUAAGGCCCCUUUAAUGCCCUUUUGAAUGCACCAGGCACAAAAGUUCAGUUCAGCGCCAGGAUAUGCAUGAGAAAGAGAACGAGGCCCGCGCGGAGCCCUGCUGGAGCCCGUCCCAGGAUCACCACGUUGCCUUGCAUUUUUAUGAGCGCAGCAACUCCGUUCCUCUCAGCCACGAGCCCUCAGACACCAAUGUCUGAAUUACAUCUCCACCAUCACUAUAACCCCCCCCCCCCCCCCCCGGGGAAAAGCCUUAUUGGGGACGAUUCUGCAAAGAUUCAAACGCAGAAGAAACUAGGAGAUGAUUGUAAACGAGCACAGGACCGAAGUCACCCAACUGCCAACUGUAGCUAGCACCAUCCCCUUCUUACCCUGAAAAAUCCUAGGCAAAGCAGCUCGCUUCUUCUUUAAUACCCGCUGUGUAACGGCCUUUCACUCUUAGCUCGAUUUAAAUCUCUCCGAAGACAAAAUCUCCACAAAGGAGCGAGAAGAACCUGAGCCCCUUCUGGGCUGGAAUGGUUUUGCCACCAUCUCAUCCUUCAUCGUACUUCAGCGCACCGCUAGCUCGAAAUCCGUAAGCAGCAGCAACCGGCAUACCCAGUUUGCCGAUAAUUUAAAGCCUCAUUUCAGAGGAGCUUGGCGAUAGUUUCUGAGAGCCUUUAACCUGGGAUAGCUGUUGCACCUCCAAGAGAAAGCUCUCUCAGGGCAGUUUGGGCUAGUACAGGAAUUCAGGUCGGAAGGGACCUCUUUAGGUCUCUCGUCCAACCCCUGCUCAAGGGCAGGGUGGCUUCAACGUUAGAGCAGGUUCCUCGGGACCGUGUUUUGAAAAUCUCCAUGGAUGGCGAUUCCACAGCUUCUCUGAGCACCAGCUUUCCUCCUCCUCCUCCUUCCGAGGGAGUUCGGAACAGCAACAUCCUUUUCCAGGAAGGAUGCAUAUUCCCAGGAACAUACAACGUACAACCGCACCCUCACCCGAGCAGGGAGUUACACGCAGAACGUGCAAGGCUCUCCAGUUGAGCAAGCAUCUUCCUCUUCUGAGGCGCAGGACGUACGUUGGGAUGAAGGAACAGCCCACCAUGGCUCAUGAAGAGCUGGGACGCUCCUCCAGCUUGGCAUUACGUCCUCGCUGGGCUGUGUCAUGAGCUUUCCCUGCUCUUGCUUCUGAUCCACCACUUCAGGAUCUUCCCUCUUUCUCCUAGUAUGCCGUUGCAGAGGGGCUUCCAGGAGAAGCUACAGAAGCCGUUGUUAGCACGAUCUCAGUGCGAGACACACAGUAAUUUGUAUCAUUUACUCCAGGAGCAGGUAUCUAGCAUCUGUUUUACUAAAACAUUUGAAAAUAACUCCAAUAAUUUGAAUUAUCAGCAAUUUCAGAUGGUUUAGUAAAUGUGGUUAUUUUACACCAAACCUCUUAACUUUGUCCUGUCCUAGCUUACCUGGGUGGAAGGUUUCUAAAACUGCAGGACACAAACGAGGUGAAUUCUGGAAUUCCAAUUCCACCUUUGCACUUUUACCUUCUGGGAUAAGUCAAAACACGAAGAGACGAGAAUGCCCGUGGGUACAGCCCCCAAAGCGUGCUAAGCUGAAACACGGACCAGUCUUGGAGGUCGCCAAGUUCUCUGGAAGGAAACACGCCAGCAGUUACAGCGCAGAAAGCUUGUAGGAACCCACUUCACUCCAGCUCUGCCUCCCGUCUCCAAGCAUCAACGCCACUUGAGAUGCCGCAUAAAGAAUGUUUUUCAUUGUAAAUCCAGCUGAGACUCAAGUCCAUUGUGAGCAGGUUUCUUUUUCCCUAUGAAGAGUCAGAAAAGUGAGUAAAAUUCAAAUUCGCAUGAUAAAAAUACGCAUUUGCGUUCCUUUGUUCUCUCUGGUCUGCUUUUGCCCAGCAAAAUGAAGACCCAUGUCCUUACAAAACCCAUGCUUUUUGUUUUUAUAUACACCAAUAUUCUCUCUCCACAGAUUUAAGAUGAGGGAUAGGGCUAGAUCCAACCAGAUGCAAUUACUACUGUAACGCUACCAGCUUGUUUUUUUUCCUUCCUUUUCUAAAAUCUUAGUAACGACUGCCACAUUACCGUGUCCUUCAGCGAAGCCCGGGGCGAGCACGGUUCCACUCUGCUGGCCUGCCAGCAAGCGGCAGUGUUGCAAACCAGGCGAGGUCAGCAGCAAAAAUCCUGGCGUUCGAACACCACAGAAAAUCUUCCCGUUUCCUAAACAGGCAACCGAAGAGAUACUCGAACCAAGGUAGUGCCCUUGGCUCCUGCUGCGAAAUGCACCCAAAAGGCCAAAAAUAAUAAUAAUAGUAAUAAUAAAGGUCACCGAAGUAUCAUUUUAAUGGCACUUAUUUUUGGAGUACAGCGUUUCUAAAUCACGCUAUCUUAAGUCUAUGCAAUCAAACCGAACCUCAAAAAAAUCCACAAGCUACUCUAAGAGAACCAUGCAGACAAUGCUUACCCUUUUACUGCAACCUCUUCCUGUAUCACUGGGUGACGGUUUUAGAAUUUGAAUAUUUAAUACUAAAGGUUUUGAUACUUGAAUAAAGUAGUUUGGAGACAUUC